UGUGAGAUAGAUGUCACCAACGUGGCCAUACACAGUGUGACACUGCUCAUCUGCCUCUGUGGGCUGGCUGGCAACGGGGCUGUCCUUUGGCUCCUGGGCCUCCGCAGUUUGUGCAGGAACAGCACCACCCGUUACAUUUUCAUCCUGACUUUUAUCGACUUCUUCUUCCUCCUCAUUAUGAUCCCCUACAGUCUGCUUUUCCUGCGGGAGGGUGUGUCCUGUUCCGUCAUCGUGCCUUUGCACUAUGUUUGGUUUCUUUUCCAGCUACCUCUGAUUUCCUGCAGCAUGUGGCUUUACGCACUAACAUUCAUCAGCAUCCAGCGGUGCAGAUCUAUAAACUGCCCUCUCUGGCGCUGCUGCCACCGUCCCCAGCACCUGUCGAAGGUGGUGUGUGCCCUGCUUUGGGCAUUCUCCAUCACUGUCAUCAGUCUCUUUGCCACUGUAACUUCCCUGUGUGCGUUCCUGCCACCUGAGCACUGCCGGGUGUCUCUCAUCUCCAUGUACGCCUUCAACCUUCUCCUCUGUGCUCUCUUCAUGCUCAUUUCCAUCACAAUCCUCUACAUUAAGGUCAAGUCUGGGUCCCGCCAGCAGCAACCCAAGAGUCUCGACAUUGUUAUCUGCCUCACUGUGCUCUUCACACUCCCCCUCAGCCUCUGGAAUUUACUGCAGGAGCUUGGCUAUACCAUUUUCUCCUCCCCGGUGGCUUUCCUGCUCACCUGCCUCUACAGCAGCAUCAAACCCUUAAUCUAUUUCUUGGUAGUGAGCUGCUGGAGGCACUGCUCUGUGGAGUCCCUCCGGCUCUCCCUUCGAAGGCUCUUUGAGGAGCCAGAAGAAAACCCUGCCGGCAUCGAUGAUAUUGCCAUGGGAGCUGUGCGCUGAGUCUGGUGAUUCCUCCUGCUGCACUGCUGAGGGACCC